AUAAACUCCUACCGGCUUUUUCGGCAGAGAUCAGGGGAGUACACGACACAAAAAGGAACAAUAAACCUCACGGACAUUUACCGCUUAUUACAGAUUCAACCAUGAGUAAGGACACAGAGAUCGACAUGGAGGAGGUGAAGCUGAACGAGAUGGACCAGGAGAAGCAGCCUAUGACAGGUGACGGUCCUGCUCCUGCUGGGGAGAAGAAUGGCAGCGUGAAGCUUAAGGUACCGGAUGAUGAUGUGACAUUCACCGGCCUGUCCAAGGAGGAGCUGAUGAAAGUCGCUGGGACCCCAGGGUGGGUCCGAACCCGCUGGGUGCUGCUCAUCCUGUUCUGGCUGGGCUGGGUUGGCAUGCUAGCCGGGGCGAUAGUGAUCAUCGUCCAAGCCCCCCGCUGCAAACCCAUCCCUGAGAUGAACUGGUGGAAUGAAGGACCUCUGUACCAGAUCUCUGACAUUGAGGGCUUCUCCACAGACAUGAAAGGUCUUGUAGAGAAGUUGGAUCAGCUGAACCAGAUAAAGAUCAAAGGCCUGGUUCUUGGUCCGUUUCACACCCUCCAGGCUGAUCAGCUAAGCACUCUCAAUCUUAAAGAGAUAGACCCAACCUUUGGCAAAAAGGAAGAAUUGGAGGCUGUGUUGGAGAGGGCUCACAAAAAAAGUAUUCCUGUGGUUCUUGACCUGACUCCAAACUAUUUAGGAUCUGUUCCAUGGUUCACCAGGAACAUUGAAGAAGUAAUGGAGAAACUCCAGGAUGCUGUUGAGUACUGGCUCAAACAGGGUUUUGAUGGUAUCAAGUUAUCCGGCCUAGACAUUGCUUCUGACUUUGCCGAUUGGCAGAAGCUUAAAGAUGCCAUCCAGGCAAACCGCACCGAGGACAGCAAAAAGAAGGCGCUGAUUGGUGUCGUGAGUGGUCUCUCAGCUAUGGGCGUGUCGCAGUUGGUUAACACCAGCGGUGUGGAUCUUGUCCUGCCUGACCUUCUCAGCACCCAAGAAAAUGGUGUGGAGCGGAUCAAAGCUGUGGAUGCCCUGUACUCUCAGCAGAGAAGCGUAGGCUGGAGUCUGGGUGCAAGUAAACUGCAGCCUUUGUCUAAAGUGGCAAAGUCUUCAGACCUACAGCAACUCUACCAGCUCCUGUUGUUCACCCUGCCUGGAACACCAGUGUUUACCUACGGAGAUGAAAUUGGCCUCGUAGCAGAAAAUAAAACAUCACCCAAGAUGAUUUGGGACGAGGAAAAUCUUGAGUCUUUGGAUGAGGCUGCUAAAGCGGACCGGACACAACGCAGCAAUUUGAGGUCCUGGUUCAAAUCCCUCAGUGACCUGCGAGGCAAAGAGCGCUCGCUGCUUCAUGGCGACUAUUACCCUUUGAACUCCACUGAGACCUCCCUCGCUUUCCUUCGGGUGUGGGACCAGAGCGAAAGAUACAUAACUGUUGUCAACUGGGGAACAAAACCCUCAAAGCUAAAACUAACACUGCCACCUACAGAAGGUGUAACUGUGCCAGAGAAGGCAAGAGUGAAACUAUCGACGGAUGAAGACUUAACAGAGGGCAUGUCUGUCAGUUUGGACAUGAUCACACUAGGACCUGAAAAAGCAGUGAUUCUGCAGUUCCCCUUUAUUGUCUGAAGAUGGCGCCAGACCUACAGCAAAAUUGUUAGCUGAUCAGAUUUAUUUUUUAGGGGAAACUUGAGUCUGAAGUGCUACAUCUUGGGAUUUAGUUGGUUUAAACGUUAAAAUGAAGCGGGAAAUGUUUUCUUUUGUUUCAAUAACGGCGCAUUAGUUGGGUCAGUAUGUGCGAUUUAAAAAUGGUGGCCAGUUUCAGCAUUUUAAAAAUGUCUCAAAAGAAAAUUCAUUUUAUCAAUCCUACACUACUCUGAUGUGUAAAACAUUCCUUUUGUUUGUUUUUCUGGGGGCAUUCUUAUGUAUGUUUUGA